CGAAUCGAAUCGUAUCGUACUCACACGAAAAUUAUCCUCGCACCAUCCUGACGUGGCCAAAAGUUUCCCGAUUUCUAUCCGCUGGAAAACAAAAAAAAAUCAAGAAUAUCCCUGAUGGUCCUGCUGUCGGAAAUCUACUGCCCGGAGCAGAUUGUGAUACCGGAAAACUUUAACAACGUGCUCAAACUUUAUGCCAAAGCUGUCAUCCGUACACAGCCGUUUGAUUUAUUGCGCUGGUCCGCCGCGUACUUCCGGUGUUUGGCCCUGGAGCGGAUGCCCCCGGUGAAGCCACGCUACGAGCCGGAGCUGCGGCGCGGUCGUCUGUCGGCCGGGGCCCUGCGGGUGCUAAUCGAUCAGCUCGGCAAAGGCUAUUUCGUACAAAAACGGACCCUUCAGGAAAAGUGGCAAGGAUUGUGCCUGCCGGAAGACGAUCUAUUGAACAUCCUGUCGCUGUUGCGGAUGCUGGACUGGUCCCACUUGCACUGGCUUAAGAUUGUGGCCAUUUUCAUUGGCCUGCUGAGUGACAGCCUGCCACGGACAGCCGAAAUGAUCUGCGAACUUCUGACGGAGGAACCGGAAGGUGGCCCGUCGCCCGUGCCGCUUUGGAUGUUCAAGGAAUGCUUCCUGGCGGUGGCCCGGCUCGAUUGCGGUUCGGUGCAAACGUUCGUCGAUGGGAGGAAAGUUUUAGACGGCGGUCAACUGGAACGGAAGCAACCGAUGACGGAGAUGCCCAAAGUUUUAUCAACAAUUUCAUUUAAAAACGCCAUCAUCGACAAGUACAAGAGCGUCCUGGGACUGGACGCAAAGUCCCCCACCACCAUCGAUGCCGAACUUCUGUCCACCGAUGAUCGAUUUUCGGAAAGGUCAGACCUACCUUCCCGCUUGGAUUCGGAUUUUAAAUUUGUAGGCGAUGACACCGAUCCGUACGAAGUUGUACGGCGCGCACCGGACUUCGAGAGUGUAAUCAUUCUUCUGGGUGAGCUUCAGGAAGACAAAUUAAAGCAGCAGCUGAGUUCGAUUAGCAUCUCGGAGGAAAAGUUGGAGCGUGCCAAGGAGCGUACCCAGCGUUUGGAAGACUUGAAGGAAAGUCUCCCGGAAUACGAUUUCGAAAAGCUCAUGGAAGCUGAACGGCAACAGCUUCUGAACGACAUGGGCCCUCCGUGGCUCCUUCUAUACCUGUUCUCGCGAACGGCCAGUCGGGAUCGUUCGUACAAUUAUCUGGAGGAAACUUCCAUCGAAGACGAUGCCUCCGUUGCAGGUUAUUCAAAUGAUAGCUACGAACUGCGCGAAGCAGAUAAGCUGGAACGUAGUCCGGAACCGGACGACGAUGAUGACGACCACGACGGUGAAGACGAGUUAGAAGUGAUGCAUGACAUCGGUCGCCGUCGUUCGAGUUACUCGAUUCCCGCCUCGGUUCGUUCCCGAAUGAGUUCCAUUUAUUCGUCCGCUACGCGGAUCGCAAAUGAAGUCCUCUCCCGAAUCAUCUGCAUGGUCGAUGAAGCGAUCAUCGAUGGCGAGUGUGAACUGUCGGUCCCGUCGAUUGCCAGCUUCGUCGAAAAGAAGAGCAACGAGGAAUCCAGCAUCAGUCAACAUGAUUUUCAAACGCUGCAGGACUUUUUGGAGGAAGCUGAAAAGAAAGAUCUGGAGGUGAAGGAUCUGAACGAGUUGUACCACUUUUUUGUGAGUGAAAGCUUCAAAGCGGCCGGAGAGGAUCACGAGCCGAAGAAGGAUCGUAGCAAGGAAAUCACGUCGAUAUUCGAAGCGAGUGGCAUCGAGGUCGAUAAUAACCUGUUGGAUGCUCAGGUAUCCGAGAACAUGAUUCUGGGAUUGGUACACAAGGAAGCGGAACAGGAGAAUGAACAGGCUCCACCAAGCCCAACCGUUGAAGAACACGCGGGAGAUGAAGAGGGCAGGAUGGGCGUUGGUUUGGAAUUACAAGCCGUAGUGGAGGUUGUUGAGGAUGAAGUUGCGGAUGAAUCGGAACCACAUGGUGUUGGACCGGCAGUUGCAACACAAACUGACCCUUUGAGCAUUAAAUGUACCGAUCUGACGCGUCGUCGGUCCUUGACCCGAAGUGCGGACGUCACGGUGGAGUAUAGUUGCAAGAUGCCGCCCCUUUCGGGGAUAGGUCCUCCACUGGAAGAGGAAACCGUUGAAGCAUUUCUCGCUUAUUUGACCAAGAGAGCGGUUCAGCAGCAGGGAUUGAUCUAUCCGAGAAAUUUUCGUGAACCCCCAUGUCCCAAAAUUGGUUGAGCGUUGUGUGAUGGAUUGCUU